AUGGGUCGCUUUCCUUCAUUAGAGUUGCUACAACGGCCGGAAUCAGAGGGGUUAGCCGACAAAUUUGUUCCGAUCUGUCGACUCAUCGUUCGCGGCGAUUACAUUGCCUUCCGAGAGCAUCUUGCGCUGGACUCACCGGCCACGGAAUGGUUUGCACAGAAGGGCAUUCUCCUUGCCCUGCGCAAUCGGUGCGAAAUCAUCGUAUGGCGUGCGCUUGCGCGAAAAGUAUUCAUCCACGGCGGCUUUCAUGGGGAACCCCAAGGCUCCGCCCAGCGCGGACCUCCUCCUUUCCUGUACCUCCACAAACUCGAAACUGCAGUGCGAUGGCUCCAAUCACAACAUGCGCAGUCCUUGCAUGGCUCUCUCGGCUUUGAUCCGUCCGGUCAAAACCGUGACGCACAGGCCGGGCAGAACGAGUUCGGAUCGCAACUGGUGUAUAAACUACCCGAUCACGAUUUCGCGGGAGUUGACGAGGUUGACGGUCCGGAGUCCAAGCCUGACCCAGAAUUAUUGUCCAAAUAUGAAGACUUUCUCACGCCGGACGGAUGUUUUGACGACAUGGGACAGUGGCAGUCCAAUCCACCAGGAGUCUUGGUGGACGGACAGCCCGACGCCGACUACUCUCAAUAUGAACUAGAUCCAUACACCCACCGGGUCGAGUUAGACUCAGAAACUGAGCAAGGAAAGCCAACGCCCAUGAUGCGAGAGCUUGAAUCCAUCCUAGCGUCUCUCCUCACCCAGGGACUAAUGCGCGGCUACUUAACCCACAAGAACCCUCGGUUCGCCAUUCCCGGUGCACGCCUGCGUGGCGCCUUGCCGACCGGCUUUCCGAAUGUCUGGCAGACUAUCUCCGCCCGCGAAUCGGAGGAUGACCGGGUCCCUGGUUGGGUCCAACCUCCGCCGCCCGUGGCUGGUGGUAGUCUGGCAGCGGCCGGCGGAGGUCGCGUCGUGAACCUGUCGGGGGCACGGCCAGUGGGCGUGCAGUAA